UUGUGGGCAGAGGCAUUCAAAAGCCUUGGCCAUGCUGGUCCCAGCAGCAAGGGUGGGUCUGAGAACUCGCACCCACCCUGCAGGCUAUGGCUGGGCGGGCAGACAUGAUGAGCGACAGGCACAUCGCCCGAAAAUUCAGAAGGAGAAAGCUCCAGCGCUUCUCCCACAUCUCUAGCAGUGAGGAGCCCCUUGGACAACCCAAGAAGAAGCGAAGGAGUUCAUCCACUGAGAGCCCCGAAGACAAAAAAAGCAGAGGAAAUUCUACCUCUAUCCAGAUCUUCCCUCCAGAAUUGCUGUACUACAUCAUCUCCUUCUUGCCUGUGAGGGAUGUUGUGGCUCUCAGCCAGACUUGUCGGUAUUUCCACGAGGUGUGCGACAGCGAGGGGGUCUGGCAGCGCAUCUGCCGUCGCCUUUCACCCCGGCUGCGGGAUGAGAACUCAGGGGGCAGCCGGCCCUGGAAGAGAUCAGCCAUCCUCAACUACACCAAGGGCUUGUACUUCCAGAUGUUCAGCGGCCGACGGCACUUUGUCAGCAAGACAGUUGCCCCACUGCUCUCUCAUGGCUACCAGAAGUUCUUGCCCACCAAGGACCACGUCUUCAUCCUGGAUUACAACGGCACCCUGUUCUUCCUCAAGAAUGCCCUGGUCUCUUCCAACAUGGGACACAUUCAGUGGCGCCGGGCCUGCCGCUACAUGGUGCUGUGCCGCAGUGCCAAAGACUUUGCCACAGACCCCCGGAGUGACACGGUUUACCGCAAGUACCUGUAUGUGCUGGCCUCUCGGGAGCAGCCAGCCACUGCUUCAGCCACUGCAGCCACCUCAGGCCGCAGCGAGGGCACUGGCACAGCUUCUGGGGUACGCCUCUGUGACUGCGUGGAAGUCUACUUGCAAUCCAGCGGGCAGCGGGUCUUCAAGAUGACCUUCCACUUCUCUAUGAAGUUCAAGCAGAUUGUGCUGGUGGGGCAGGAGACGGAAAGGUCCCUCUUGCUCCUGACAGAGGAAGGAAAGAUCUACAGCCUGGUGGUAAAUGAGACUCAGCUGGACCAGCCACGUUCUUACACAGUGCAGUUGGCCCUGCGCAAAGUCUCCAAGUGCCUUCCCCACGUCUCCAUCCGCAACAUGCACUCCAACCAGAGCAGUGCAGUCUACCUGACAGAAGAGGGCACCGUGUACUUUGAGGUCCAUUCACCCGGAGUUUACCGUGACCUCUUUGGAACCCUGCAUGCUUUUGACCCACUGGAUCAGCAGAUGCCCCUGGCGCUCUCUCUCCCAGCUAAGGUGCUCAGCUGCGCCCUUGGCUACAACCACCUGGGGCUAGUGGACGAGUUUGGUCGGAUUUUCAUGCAAGGAAACAACCGCUAUGGUCAGCUAGGCACGGGGGACAAGAUAGACCGUGGGGAGCCAGCCCAGGUGCACUACCUCAAGUGCCCGGUUGACCUCUGGUGUGGCCUCAACCACACCCUGGUGCUGAGCCAAAGUGCGGACUUCAGCAAGGACCUGAUGGGCUGUGGCUGUGGAGCGGGAGGACGCUUGCCUGGGUGGCCCAAGGGCAGUGCCUCCUUUGUUCGGCUGCAGAUCAAGGUCCCUCCCUGUGCCCGCCACAUCUGCUCCACCCGCGAGUGCCUGUACAUGCUGUCCAGCCACGACAUUGAGGAGGUGUCCGCCUACCGCGAGCUGCCCGCCAGCAAGGCUGGAGUGCCGCCCAGUGACACAGAAGCAAUGGCUGCCCGGGCAUGCGAAGAGUACCUGAGCCAGCUGCACAAGUGCCCAACGCUGGAAGGGCGGAUGGCCAAGGUGAAGGAAGCAGUGGGCAGUAUGCCCCUCAUGACUUUCCAGAAGGACUUCUUCUGGGAGGCUUUGGACAUGAUCCAGCGGGCAGUGGAAUUCCGGGAAGGCCCGGCUUCCAGCUAGCCUGCCGGUCUCAGCUCCCUCUCAGCCCCUUUCCUCCUGCCCCGGACCCCCACCCCAUGCCACCUAUCCCCAUGCAUAGACACACAUCAUGGAUCGUGAUUAACAAAUAGAGAAGACUACACACUGAACAAUUGGGAGAAAAUAAACCACAAGCACAGACCUAGCGCGGCCUCUGCUGAAGCAUGCAGGAGGGGUAAGUGACAAAACUGGGGAUCCCAGAAGGGCUCAGUUCAUGAUAAAGGGAAUGGUGUGCCAACAAGCACAGCUGGGUCAAGCUUGGAGGCCCACACCUCCCUCUGGCAUUGGGGCUUUCCACUGAUGGCCAGUCGCUUUACCCUGUUUCUUUAGCAUCCAUGUGACCCAUUACUGAUUAACUGUCCAGAAAAUAAAGAUAACAGAGGACAUCAUUCAGCAGGAGCUGGAAGAUGGAGCCACCACAUGUGGGCAACUGGGCACAACUGCCAGGGAUAGGUAUCAGAGCCUGCCACCCCACCCCAGCAGCCAGCCAGCAAAGGGCCCUCUUGGCAAACAAGGCAGCUGCCACACGACAUCCCCAGCCCAUAGGACAAAGUCUGCCCUGCUCCCCCACCCCUCAGGUCUACCCUCUGCUCUAGACAAAGUCUGCCAGCAGCUUAGUGCCCAGGGACAGCUCAUGGCUAGCCACCAGCCUGCCCAGGUCAAAGUUCCCAGUGCACACUGGAAGAGGGAGAGGGAGACAAGAGAGGCAGAUCAGGAGGUGGCAAGAGCCAUAUGGUAGCCCCACAGAGUAGCUGCUGUGGGUGAAAUGGUGCCUCCAAGGGAAGAUGCAGAAAGCAGCCUGGUCUGAGGGGCCAAGAGGCCUUCCUCUGCCCCACUCCUGAAUCUUGUAAUUCCGUCCCUGUGAGUAGCCCCCUGAUAACACCCUUCCCUUUCCUCCCACAUGGGAGGCUGGCUACACUGGUAAUAGAGUGGCUGGGCUCAGCUGGGCAAACCACACCAACUCCACUUCAGAGCCUCCUGCCUCUUAGAUAGCAGCAAGGAGGAGAAACCCAUCAAAGGCUAGUAGUUACAGUGUCCUUAAGUGCUUCUGGCAGCAGAUACUUAAACAGUAGAACUAUUUUCUGCUAGAGGUAGUGAUGGCUGCCAACGGAUGCCUCAAAGCAGGGGCUGCACAGAUCCAUGACAGAUUGGGGCAACCAGUGGCUCUUAGUCAUGAUGGCCUAUAUAUUCCCUCCAGCAUGGAAGGCAGUGUGCCUUAGAAUCAUGAUUUCUGAGGAACCUGAGCAGGAGAGAGCUACCCUCCUCCUGUUUUCCCUGUAGAUUUCCCCCUGGUUUUCUUACUGUGUGUGCAGGAUGCUGGAUGAGAGAGGCCUUUGGUCUGACCCAGCCACAGGAUUCUGCUUCUUAGUGGGUGAUGAUAUCCCCUUGCCCCCCCCCCCCCCAAAAAAAAAACUUUCCCAGGCAUGAAGUUCUUGAGAAGGAAAUAAACAGGGCUGGGGCAAGGAGGAAAGAGGGCUCCUGGCUCAGAGCAGACACUGGCUGGCUUCCUGGAGCUGGUCUGGUUUUAGAAGCCAAAUGAAGCAGCAUCAGGGCCUGGCUACUGCUUGAGCAGCAAGCCGCCAGGAGGGAGCCUCAGGCAGAGCUGAGUGAGAAUCCUGCCUGGAGCCACCCAAUAGCCACUGCUGCUGCCAGGGUGCUGGGUGAGAUGGACACACAAAGACCUGGUGCUUCCUACAUCUACUCUGGCCACCAGAUCCUUUGCGUCAAAGCUUAGAAAAACCAUGAACAACCACUGCCCCCACCAUGCAUGAACUUUGGAACCCGCCACUGUGCCUGAAGCACCUCCCUGUGAUUAGGCAUGUGCCACGAGAAAGGGUCCAUGUCCCUCUGUGUGCACACUGACUACUACCAUGCUCUUCUGAACACAACUGCUCUUGUCUGAUUUUGGAAGCGUAGGCAGGGUUGGGACCAGUGAGUACUUGGAAAGUAGACCACUUCAGAAGGGGACGCCUAGGACCUGCUGGCUGUUGCUGGGGGGGCUGCUAUUGCGAAUGGUCUGGCAGCCUCCCACAGUCCUAGUGUCAGGAGGGCUUGCAAGGUCUGCUUGGACCUUUCCUGGAGCCCUGAAAUUCACCAGACGUAGCCAGAUGCAAAGUGGACCCUUGGGGAGCAAAGGUGCUCCAUGAGUGGCAUACCGGGUGGCUCCAGCCCAACAGCAUAAUUUGGGAAGAGAGGAGCAUAUUUGAUCUUGCUGUUGUUUUUAAAAGGGGAGCCAGGAAGCUCUUUUGAUCACCUGCAAACCACCUCUCAGUCUACCAGUGGAUCCCAAGAGUCCAUGAGGGUGGUCCUCCUUCUUUUUGGCAAUGGCAAAGACUGGGCGUGCCUGUCUCUGGAGGCAAGGCAACCCUCCUGGCAAAGGGCAGUUGGCCCCUGAAGUGGACCCUCGCUGUCCCCCCCAAGAACUGCUGAAGCAUGAAUGGGGAAAGCGGAACUCCCAUGUCCCCCAGCUCAUGGGGGGAGGGGCACCAUUCAAAUACCAGACCAUGCCUCUUGAACACUGUUCAACUGGGCUGUUAACCCAUCCUUCUGGCUUGCCAUUUUGAGGAUUUUAGAGGAGGAGAAGGCUGCUGCUCUUGAAAGGCUCAGCUGCUCACUUCCUUGCUCUCUCCCUCUGGACCCAAUCCACACUGGGCCCAAAGGGAGAAUGGAAGGAAAGCAGAAGGUGCCAUGCCAUCUCUGCCCUCCCCGGCCAUUGCAUCCAGAAGAAAAGGAGGAGGAAAUGACAGGUGGCAGCCGCAAGUUGAGAAGAUCCCAGGUUGGGCUAACCGGGGGGGGGGGGGGGUACCUGCAGGGACAAGCAGGAAGGGUGCCCUUCCGUGCCUUCCCUGACACUUGCCCUCACAGGACUCAGAAAAGCUCAGUCCCAGGAUGUAUUUUUUGGGCUGAGGACUCAGGGUCCCCACCUGCAGAAGUCCUACCCAGAUCCCUGGAUUUUGGGAUUAAAGAGAGGAGCCCCCCGAGCCCAUGGGACUGCUGUGCCCCUCCAACCUGCCUCCCCAGCAGAAGCCCAUCAGGAUCAUCUUGCUCCUUGGAUGUGAAGCCACUUGCGCUGAAGCAGAGUCUUGUGUUGCACUUUUGCACACUCCUGGAGCAACCCACCCGUCCUUCUAGGGGUUUCCUCCUUUUGUCCUUCGCUCCAGAGGUCUCCAUUCUAUAUUUAAACCACCCCCAUCUCCUGCCAAUGUCCAGCGUGCCACCCUUCCCCUCUGCUCUUGAGUGCCACUACAGCGGCAUGGGGGAACCGGUUCUCUUGCACCCUCCAAUCCCUUCAGGGCUUCAGGAAGGGUCUCUCCAAAACUGGUCCUUCUGUGGAGACUUAGCUGCCCUGGGGAAAUUUCCCUUCCCAGCCCUGCUUGCAAUGCCCUCUAGGCCCAGGAGCAAAGCUUGCUGCCUCUCAUGUUGCAUCUUCACAGUGUUGAAAAUAGGAGGAGGAGGCUGAGAGGGAGAGGGAUAGUAGCAAUGGGCCACUCACCUGCUCCUUCAGGGGAGGGUCCUCUCUGGCCCUACUCUGCCUCUGGAAACAGCAUCCAAAGCAAUGCCAUCCUGAAGGGGACCACCUGCUCCUCCACGCUGGAGGCUGCCUCAUCCCAGAUCAGAGCUUUGGUCAUGUGGAGGGACUACUUUUGUUUGAUUUGUAUUGGAUAGCUCAAAGUAAAAGGUAGAGUCCCUGCCUUCCCCCCCCCCCCCCCCGUUCAGUAGACCACCCUUGGCUCUUGUGAAUGGUUUUUCUUUGCAUGUUACAUAUGCAUGCACAUACUCCUGAAUGUACAGUCAGCCCAGCUAUCCACAGAUUUUUUAUCCACAGAUUCAAGUAUCCAUGGCUUGAAAAUAUUUUAAACAUAUAUAAAUUCUA